UAGUUCAUACUAUUAAGAAACAGAACCACUUUUCACAUGGUUUUGUUUAUGUCAUCUAUUUCUAAACUUCUAAACUCUUCUCUCUAACAUCUUUCCAAAAGAUAGGAAGAUGCAGAGUUUCAAAAAUUUCACACCAAUUUUUAUUGUAAUCUUCAUAGCACUUCCUUUUGUUCUCAUGAACUCAAAAUCAAGCUUCUCUCUCUUUGAGGUGUUUACAAAAGACAGGAUGCUACAACUUGGAGAAUAUAAAAAUGGUGACAACAUAACCAAUGGAGGAAGAGUUCAUAAUAGUAUCAAUGGAGGCUACAACAAUGUCGAAAAUAACACCGAGUCAAAGGUGCAAGAAAAAAUUCAAAAUGGUACUCCAACAAGUGAAGUAAGAUCAGCUACAACAAUAGGUAUGAAAAAUGACUCAUUGACAAGUUCCACAAACAACAAAGAGAAAUUUCUUGAAGGACUUUUACCUUCUGGGAUUGAUGAACCAUCAUGCAUGAGUAGGCAUCAAUCUCAUUUAUUCCGCAAAGUUUCGCCUCAUAAACCAUCUUCGUACUUGAUAUCGAAACUACGAAACUACGAAGAAAUUCAUAGAAGCUGUGGACCUAAUAGUAAAGCUUACCACAAAAGCAUGGAAGAGAUUCUACAAUCUAAGAGCAUUAAAAGUGAUUCUGCAAUGUGCAAAUAUCUUAUUUGGACACCUGCUAAUGGUUUAGGGAACCAAAUGAUCAGCAUGGCUGCAACAUUUCUUUACGCUCUAAUCACAGAUCGCGUUAUGCUCGUACGAUUCGGGAAAGACAAACAAGGCCUAUUUUGCGAGCCGUUUCUGAAUUCAACUUGGUUGUUACCUGAGAAUUCUCCAUUUUGGAGUGGAAAUCAGGUUGAAACAUAUGAAAGCUUGACAGAGAAGGAAAAAGCUAACAAUAAUUCAAAUUUGGAUUUCCCAUCAGCACUAUUUCUCAAUCUACAAUACCAACAGAAUUAUCAUGAGAAGUUUUUUCACUGUGAUGAUAAACAAGCUCUUCUUAAUAAGGUUCCUCUUAUGAUUUUACAAUCAGAUCAAUAUUUUGUACCUUCUCUCUUCAUGACACCUUUGUUCAACAAGGAGCUUGAGAAAAUGUUUGUCGAAAAAGACGCAGUUUUUCACCAUCUGGGACGUUACCUUUUCCACCCUUCGAAUUCGGCGUGGAGACUAAUCACGAAUUUCUAUCAAGAACACUUGGCUAAAGCAGAUGAGAAAAUAGGCCUUCAGAUAAGAGUUUUUCAUCCUAUUACCACUCCACAACAAGCAAUUAUGAAUCUAGUUUUGAAUUGCACACUAGAAAAUAAGCUUCUUCCAAAACUACAUGAUAUGAAUAAUUCCAAGACGAUCACAAAGGCUGUUCUAGUGGCGUCUUUAUAUCCAGAAUACGGGGAGAACAUAAAGAUGAUGUAUAUGAAUAAAUCAACGGUUACCGGGGAAGUAAUCGAAGUUUAUCAACCAAGCGGCGAAGAGGAACAGAAAUUUAACGAUAAUACGCAUAAUAUGAAGGCUUUGGUUGAUAUGUAUUUACUAAGUUUAUCUGAUGUGUUGGUUACUACUUGUCUGUCUACUUUUGGAUAUGUUGCUCAAGGUUUGGGAAAUUUGAAGCCAUGGCUUCUGUACAGGCUAGGAAGGAAUGAGAGUCAUUAUCCAGCUUGUAGAAGAGAGUUCUCAAUGGAGCCUUGUUAUCAUUAUCCUCCUAAGCAUUAUUGUAGUGGAAAGGCUAUACAUGACUAUGCUGCUUCUUUCAUUUAUAUGAGGAAAUGUAAGGAUUAUAGUUCUGGUGUAAAGAUGAUUAAUGGCUUUAGAUAAUGCUUAAGGUUUGGGAAAUUUGAGGCCAUGACUUUUAUACAAGCUAGUAAACAAUGAUACUCAUUAUCCAGCUUGUGAACGAGGGUUCUCAAUGGAACCUUGCUACCAUGCUCCUCCUAAGCACUACUGUAGUGGAAAGCCUAUAAAAGAUUUUUCUUGUUUUCUUUACAUGAGGGAAUAUUCGUAAGGGUUUUAAGUAGUGUAAACCAUGUACUUUUGUUUCAGAAGUCAAACUAGUUAUUUGAGUCAGACUAGUUAUUUCAAAUGGCUUAAAAGAAGAAAAAAUCAACCCAAUUCAACCCCA